AUGAUGGAGCCUUGUGGAACACCGAACGAAACUGAUUGCUUUGAUGAUACUGUUACGUGGAUUAUGACUGAGUUCUCGCGGACAGCGCCUUCUUUGCAGUUGUGUGCGCUCCUCGGGACAGCCUUAGCCAAGCCCAGUGCUUCGGAAAUGAGAGAUGAAGAGAUGAUGGACCACGUUGAAGACGACGAUGGAUGUUCUUGUGCGCAAAGACACGAUGUAGAUACAGAUGACAUGUUUAGAAAUAUGCAAGAGUAUGAGCACUACAACGAAUAUACAGAAGGAAUAACUCUUAAUGAAUUCAAACAAUUGGUGGUGGUGGAGACGGCAGAUAUGCUCAAGAAAAGUGCCCAAAGUGAUCAAGAAAUGGAAGCUAGAAUGCUCUGCGGGAGUAACUGUAUCCCUCUAUUUAAGAGUUCCAAGAGAACGUGCAAUAGACUCUUGUUGGAAGGCUGGCCCCUCGCUUCGUACCACCCCACGUGUAUUAUGACCGCCCUGCAGAGACUGUCUACCUGCUGCCGUGACAUGAUGAAAUAGCUGUGUCGAUGGAUUAUCUCGGUAUAUAAUAAAAUUGAGUACAAUUCAGUUUAGAUUUUAUUCACCUGUUAGUGGAAUUUGGAAUUGAUAUAAAGAUCGAUUUGAAACGAACUUCCAUUUCUUGAAUACUAAUUGAUGUUGCUAAAUAUGACCUUGUACAACUAAUCAAUGAAUAUAAAGUUCAUUUGAAU